CACCAGGCUCGAGCGUGGCGAUAGCUGUCCCGUGAAGGGCCAGAAACUUCAGUCGGUGACGCCGGGCGUUGGUGUUGUCGGCGAAGCUAUUGCAUCGAGAAAGCCCCGGAUACCAGGGACCGUCGUGUUAGCCGCUAUGUUUCUGUGGAAACUGUGUCUCGCGCAACGACUUCGCUAAACUACUCGAACGUCCCAAAGGCCGAGGACGACGUGAUCUGCCACCUGUGAGUGUUUGUGGUGCUGCUGCUUGAUUGGCACUUCUGAAACUGCAACGCUGUCCGAUUUCCUGUGCGUGUGUGUGCCAAUCGUUCGACACGUUUGAGAGUCGAAGGGUUGCUACGUUUCGAGUAAGUGGAACGUGUGAGCGAGUUUUCAACAUAGUGCCUUUCUGCUUAACCUCUUUGGAAAGGCCGACGUUCCGCGUGUGAAUCUCACAUCACUGCAACAACACUCCCUCUUUUUGAGCACAAGGACACAACAGAAGGCUAUAAGCGUGUGGCUUCUCAGCAGUCGUCGAUCAGUCGUCACGUGUGACCAAGGAGCAAACAAAGAAGCAAGUCCCAUUAGAAUCAGUGAAGCAUGAAAGUUGCAUUGAAAGCUGAAUACUUCAACUCGAAGGGUUCACCUGAACUUCAAGUGUCUAAUAUUGAGUUGCAAUGCUCGAAAUUGAAGAUUGAGGUGCUGGCCGACGAAUAGUACGUGUUUGCCUAAGCUGAACUGCUUCCGCAGCUUUAUUUGACGUAGUCAACAUUGGUUCAACGCAGAGGCGAUUCUUUUGGGCUACAUGAAGUGCCCCAAGGUAACGGAAACCUUGACGUUAUUUCGUUUAGAGGGUCUGGUCGCUGGCGGGGACCGAUACAUCCCGAGCGAAGUUCCGAUUUGAGGUACUCCUCUAAAAAUAAUUGCCAACGGGUUCAGUGCGACUAGUGAGAAUCUGAUGCUCAUUGCAGAAAUACGUGAUCCGUGACGUUAACUGCACUAACGAGCUUACGAAAGAGCCUGGAAGGUCAAUUCCAUGCGCAGCAUGCAGUGCUUUAGUGCAAUUUUAGUUAGUAAUUGACACCCCAGUUCUCUCACGUGAUUAGACACGUGGACGUUCAUCUCUCCCUCAUCCUGGGAAGCCAGUUGUGCACCUUGGAUCACUCGCAGGCAAAGCAACACCAUCCUACGCGUCGUCUCUGUUGCAAGCUUUACAUUCCAAGGGAGUAAAUAAAGGGCACUGAAGAACUACCGGGCAGUCGUCACGCUUGGUUCUAUCUUUUGUGAAUUAUACGAACGCCACUUGGCCGACUAAGGUUAGUGUGCCACAAGCGAAGGCCGCUGGAGACCUGUUCGUUUACUUAGCUAUUCAUGGCAUUUCACGUUUCUCCGCGACAUGACAAGAAACAUUAGAGCCGGUGGUCCUAACAUCGGCAGAAUAGCUGCAGGCCACUGAGCAAUCCUUGUCUUCGUCGGAGGCCGCGCUUCCGCCCCAUCCGGCCUUUCGCCCAUCAUGGCGACUUCGGCCCUGAGCAGUACCAGCGGCGGUGGUACGGACUCGUCCGGAGACAGCUGCCGGUACCGGUCCUCCUCGUCUCCCGCUCCGCUGGACCUGAACCGCGACGAGCACGGGGGGUCGGCCGGUGGUUCGCAUUCCAUGCUGCUGGACCACCACGGCGGGACGACGUCCGUGUACGGGGCCAGUCGGCGCGACGACUUGAUGGACGACGAUGAGGACGACGAGGACGAGGAAGAGGACUCGUCGCUCCCGGACGUCGUCGGUCACCACCACCACUCGUCACCCCAGAGUCACCCGCAUCAUCACCACCACCACCUGCUGAGGCGAGGCGGACACGAGCUCAUCAACGGCGUCUCGCACCACGCUGAGCUCGUGGCGGCGGCAGGGCAACACGACUCGGUGUCCCGUGUUGUGCUCCCAUCGUUGGAUCCGGACUCAAUAUGGAGACCAGACAUCCAGACAAGCAUCGGACACCAGACUUGCUCCUGGUCAAAGCUAGACGUGGGCCUGAGCAACGGCACGUCCUCGCUGACCGGCACCAGCGCAGGCAGCGCCACCAGCAGGUUGACCGAGCUCAUGUCCGCGGGCCUCGGAGGAGGCGUCGGGACCGCGUCACCGUCACGCGGAAGCAGCGGCGGCAGCGUAUCUACCGGUGGUAGCAGCAGCAGCAUCGGGGCAAGCGGUUCUUCGGGCACCACCAGCGGGGGCAAGGUGCUCAGGUUCACACUGGAGCAGGUGGCCUGCCUGUGCGAGGCUCUGCAGCAGGCGCGCAACCUGGACCGACUGGCCCGGUUCCUCUGGUCGCUGCCCCCGGGUGACCUGCUCCGGGCGGACGAGGCGGUACUGAGGGCGCAAGCAGCGGUGGCAUUCCAUCGCGAGAAUUACAAGGAGCUGUACAGCAUCUUGGAGAGCCACAACUUCGACUCCAAGUACCACAACGAACUGCAGCAGAUGUGGUACAAGGCGCACUACAGGGAGGCCGAGAAGAUACGCGGUCGCCCUCUGGGAGCCGUUGACAAGUACCGGCUCCGGCGCAAGUACCCGCUGCCCAAGACCAUCUGGGACGGCGAGGACACCGUGUACUGCUUCAAGGAGAAGUCGCGCAUCGCUCUCAAGGAGUGCUACAAGGUCAACCGCUACCCGACGCCCGACGAAAAGCGCACGCUGGCGCACAAGACGGGCCUCACGCUGACGCAGGUCAGCAACUGGUUCAAGAACCGCCGCCAGAGGGACCACGCACCGCACCGCAGGGGGAGCGGUGCCAGCGGACGUGUGAGCGGCGGCGACUCCGUGCCGUGCACGCCACGCUCCACUCCUCCCCUGAUGGCCGGCAUGUGCAUGAGUGUCGCGACUCCCCACCAGACGGCGCUACCCGCUCAGAGACUGUCGCCGGCGCUGCCGGGACACCACCUUCAGGACGACCUGACGGCGCUCGCCUACCUUCAGCAGCAGCAACAGCAGCAACAAACGCAUCAUCAGCAACAACACCUCCACCACUCCCAGCAGGCGGCCCACCACUCCAGCCACCAGCAGCAGCAUCAGCAGCAGCAGCAUCCGAGGUCCUCCGCGCUGGACGACAUGCCCGCCAUGUCGGUGAAGACCGAACCCGGACUGUACCCGUCGCCGGGACUGCUGUACUCUUCGUGCGCGUUCGACCCGAUGCACCACAGUUUGCAGCCCAUGGUUCACCAGUGUUAGCUAUCGUUCGUGGGAAAGGACGAUUCGCCGACCCCCCGCCUCCCUCACUCUUUAGCCGACAAUUCCAAGCUGCAAGCUUGGAAUUGUUCCCACGCCGCGGACACCUGACCGUCUCUAUUGACCGUCAUCAACGUAGUGAAUGCUGGCAUUCUAGUUCGGGAUGUAUUGUUCGUAUAUAGCAGUGUUACAGCACACACAAAUUGUAGGGGGAAAAAAAACAAGAAGGAAGAGGACAGACUGUUGACUUUCAACCGACGGUUUGUGUCAGUGUCAAGCAACAGUUUGUGCCAGUUCGCCGUCAAUUGUAUUAAUCUGUAGACCGGCGAUGACGUUUGUGAUUGUUAGCGUAUGACGGCGAUUCGGUGGCGGGCGAUUGUCUUCUUUCCAUUCCAUUAUCUUUUCAUACAUUGCCGGGUCCUCGGGCAUAAACUGGCGAGCUGCCCUCAAUAACUCUGUUAGUUGAAAGUCAGCACUCUGGCCUGCUCCCUCUUGUUAUUCCUAUACGCUUUGUACGUGCUGUAACACUGCAACGAAGAAUUUAUCAACAUAGAUUUUGGAAUCCAUGGUCGGCUUCAGUGCUAUAGUCACGAAAUCCUAAUGAGUAGGAGCCUCCAGGUGCCGCUUACGCUGGAUGACUGUGAACCUUGUGGACUCUUGCUUUUUUUUUAGUUGCCGGAGAACAGUGCCCCUGUGGUAGUCUGUGGUCGAGCCGGGUGUUGUGGGGAUAGGCAGCUUGCCACAGAAGUAGGCGCUAGUGUGGUGUGCGUGAAAGCAAACCAUACAAGGACCACAUUUGGAGCAUUUGCUCAACUGUAGCGCUGAAAAAGGUGGCUGUUCAUCACCUGUUGUGCAGGCGACACGGCGUGACACGAAAUGAUAGAAGAGCGCAAUGCCCGUGAAUUGUGGUGCGGUGAUCCCGUCUGGGUUCUGCCUUUGAUCCCAAAUGGUCUUUGCAGAGACAUCGGUUGCAAGAGGUGAUGAGAAAAUCGGCAACGAAUGUGUCGUCACGCUGGCGUCGAUGCGAAUGCAGGCAUAGUGACGCUUCUUUCGAGAAUUUUUUUUUCUUCCUUCUUGUUUUGGACACUUGAGAGUCAAAGCCUCGCGUUGAACACGCGUUUCGACAGCGCGCGUAUUUUGUUGUUGUGAUGCUAUGUAAAACUUGAAAUCUCGUUUAGAAGUCUUACAGCAGCUCUUGUGAAAGCUUUCACAACCAUUAUUGAUGGUUCACAUGUGCAUAGUAGUAGGGCUUCUUCUGGGCAGCGUUCAAUAGAUUUAGCCUGGCUGUAAACGUGUUAUGGUUUAUGCAAUAGCGAAACACCGGAGAGACGUGCGCAGCGACGCUUCUGGCUCCAUCUCGUGACGCUGCCCUUAACUAGAACACAAUGAACUACGAUUGCAAGGACUACGUUUUACUCGCCUGCCGAUGCAAAAGCGCCGAAAACAACUAUCAUUAGAGUAAAGUAGGUUUAUUUGCUUGCCACUUACUGUGAGAACAUUGGAGAAACACAAACGUUUUGAACGGAUUGUAUUGAUGAAAGAGUUACAUGAUGGAGCUGGCAGCGCUGCGGAUGCCGUCGACGUACUCGGCGCUCUGGUAUCCCGUAAACUGUGGUAUAAGUUUCCGGAAAAGCUAUAACUUUCCAAUAUCUGAUACCGGUUCUGUUCGCGGUAAACGCUUCGCGGCGUGUGCUGCGUCUCUUUUCUCCAGUCAAAUUUAGGCUAUCUCUGUUCUUGCAUGAACGCGUUUGGCCUUUAGUAGCCACCUAGCUGACACACAUUUCGAUGCGAAAGUAGUGCCAAAUAGAUUAGCAUGAAGCAAUUAUAUUUUUCUUAUAGUUGCCAAGCGCAUCCGAAUGCGCUAUAAGACUAAUUUACCACCAAGAAAGAGCCAGUGAGGAUGUAUAACGACUACAUUUUCACUCUCCAGGUUUCAUUAAUGCUCGCAUCUGUCAGUUCGUAAAAAGGCAUUAUUUCAAGUGUUACGAGAACUAAGCCUUAUUCUAACCUCAGCGUUAUUCCUAUUUCUUUUAGCUUUUAUUAUACCUUUUUUAAUGAUUCAGACGAAUUUUCUCAGUUCAGUUCUUUAAAUGUGCACUAGUACAAAUGAUACGUUGAAACGUUCCAGUAUUCCUUUUUCAGUAUUCUUCAGCCAUGUUUUUUGCAAUAUCAUUGUGUGGUUUUAACACAUGUUCGCCUACGUUGAUAGCUGUGCUUGUAACUAUCUUAAGCCCUAAAUUGGUUCUCAAUAAACACAAGAUAGAGAAAGUGAUUAAUUCUGGCGCUUGUCUAGAGAGCAAUGUAAUGCGGCUGUUUUGAUAGAAAUAACUACGGUUAGUUCCGGAGCGCGAAGCGAAAAAUCGCCUGCCAGGAAUUGGCAUUACUGAUUAAUGUAUAUAUAUAUAUAUAUAUAUAUAUAUAUAUAUAUAUAUAUAUAUAUAUAUAUAUAUAUAGGGCUACAGCGUCACUUUUAGACUGUUUUAUUCACGACGCCUUGUAGUCAUUCAGUUGGAGGCAAAAUAGAGUACUGUAGUACUUGUGCAAUUCCAAAUACGGUCGUUCAAAAGCAAAGUGUUAGCAUGACCAUGCUCAAGGCGUCAGAAAGUACACUUUUGUGAAGCGAGCAUGUGUUAUGCAGCAGGCAUUCUAGAAUUUCUAGCGCGAUAUAGUGGCGACGCCAGCUAUCGAUGAUCGUGCCGAAAUUGACACGCAUUCAAGUAUUGACAAUUUCAUAGCAUGUCAACCAUCAGAAAACGAAAAAAAAAACGUAACGCAAUUUCUUCUGUGUUUGUUCCUGUUUUGUGUUUGUUGUUAGCUUCCCUUCUGUUGUGCUAACAGAGCUUUUUGUUUGGUUGCUGAGAGCACGCUUUCGUUUAAAACAUUUAUUCUGUUUUGUUUUGUAUUGUUUUGAGUGUGUAUGAUGUUUAUUUUCGCUGUGGUCUGUGCUAGCUGAUCAGACAACUAGACAAAAAGUCCAUAGAGCUUGGUGGCGUCGAGCAAAUACGUGACUCGUAGGGGAACGGAGAAUGUCUUUUGAAAUUGAAUGCGCAUCUGCAAAUGGCGACAAGUGUUCGUCUUUGAUUGUGUGGGCCUUUGGUGACGUCAUGCGGUCGCGCAAUGCUGUGACGAUUUCAUUAAAACCUUUAUCGGCUCUUAUAGUUUAGGACACUAAAAAGACGUUUCAAUCGUUCAAUUUAGAUUUGCGUAGACAGAGACCCAUAUUGAACAACAUCUAUAACUAUCCUAUAGCCAUUGUGGUUCAGGUGAACGUAACGUGUUUCAGAAGCCAUGAAGCAACUCUAGUGCAGCUAGUUGACCACAAUGCUGACUAACGAUAUCGGGGAGUGUGCUUUAUAUAAUUUCAUUCACACAAUAUGUUGCUAGAGAAAACAGUCACACCAGAGAACACUAGUGAACAACAAACGACACUAGAGAACAUAGCGGCAUUCUUCAAAAAAGCAUUGCCUGCAUUCACAUGAUUGGCAGAGGCUGAUUUAGAUGCUUGUGACGUCACAUAUUUCGCAGUAUACUUUGACGGGCUGAGUGUGUGCAGAAGUUCUAGAAAAUUAUACUAGGCUGAGUUUCCCAUCCGUUUAGAAUGCAAUAUUAUCCUUCAUUACCGAUGGGCAACUAAUUCAGAGCAUGUGGUAGCAAAAUUCUUGACGUCACAGGAAGUUGGCUGUUGCGGGAUCCUUGCGAUGGCGUCGCCACGGGUCUUUCUUUUCGUUUUUGCGUAUUUUCGGUGUAGCGAAGCCUCUGUCGUUUUUAUUAUUUCAAAAGUGCAAUUUAGUAUAAUAAACCAGGACUAAAUAUUUCUCCCAAGUGUCGAUCGAAGUUUGAGCGGCAUCGCUGAAUCAACGAACAAAAUAUAAGUCCGAGCGCUGUCUUCUCUUGCGACUGCGUGCUGAUCGAUGAAGGGUACUUCCUGCGUGUGACGAACCAACAAUGUUCGUGAAAUUGAAGCAACAAUGAUACUUUUUUAUUUCCAGCUUGAACGAGAGACGGUGAUGUUGUCACAUGGGCUACAAAGUGGAAUUAGCACUCGAUCCGCAAUUUACGUCUUUUUGUUCUCUUUGUUAUCGUACCGCUUUCUUCAUUCUUGCGAGCUUGCAGUUGAGUGUUUCAGAGUUUAUUGACAUGAAUAUCAGAAGUGUGUUUCGUUUUGUGUUCAAUGCAACAUUUUCGUUUCUUUUUUUAUCGUUUGAUUUCUUCUUCGCGCAUCAUUUUCGGAUUGAUUCUAGUGACAGACGUGCGGCGUUAAAAUCACUUCAAGGUAUCGCUUCAUAUCUCACCAAACAUUUGCCCUUUUGGUUUAAGAUCUGCAAAGUUAUGAAGUCACUCCGAGGCCCUUGUUUGGAUCUCAGCUAAACAUUUGUGCCUUUUGUUUCGCUAAUCUAGGCACUUAUACGCUAUCCAAUGAAAAAAAAAAAAAACGCUGGAUAUCAGGAGCUAGUCCCACUGCUGCAGCUUCUGUCACUCGAGUCGGCCUCGUCUAAGUGGCAAUCAGUCAUGGCCCACUGUGUGUCAAACAUACUGUUUAUUGUGUAUCCUAGUGAUCUCACAGUGCGACCGCUGUGUCUCUGUUUCAUGAACUACUUUGUGCGAGCAUCGAAGAAGACAAAUCGACCAGAACUCAUCGAGAUCGUAGUCGCGUUAUUGAAAUAACGAUACUAUUAAUAAACAAAGGUCGAAAGGG